UAAUGUUGGUAGGAAUAAUUUAUUGCUGACAAGUGGACGGUUUUAUUUUUUCUACUGAAUGCCUCCAUUUUUGUUCUUAUGAAGCAGAGAAAUGGGUUCUAAUGCUGCACGGCUUUGCCAUUGGAAAUUGGAUGAUCGAUAUGGAGCAUUGCUGCAAUUCAGUCUAUGAGGAUGAAUCAAUGGAUCAUAGCAGGAUGAUCAUCGAGCACCCUCCCAACCUUCCCAUGUUAUCACAUUGGCUUGAUCUAAGAGUUUUCUAUGUAAGGUUUAGCAACUUAGAGAUUGAUAAAUCCACACCAGAGCACCUCACCCUUAAUUACAUUCCGCUUACAACCGAUACCAUUCUCAAAAUGAAUGGGCAGAGAAGUUUCAUCCAUUCUGAAUGUGUAUCUUGUUUACUUAAAAAGGACAGGAUCGACAAGAAGUCAGAAGAAGCUACAUUUGUGAACACAGAUACUAUAAGGAUGACCGGAAAUACGAGAUUUGAGGUGUAUGAUAAAGAUAAUAUAUUGCUCUCUGGAGUCCUAGAGCUGUGUAAUACCAAUUGCUUUGUUGAGGAAUCGAAGAAUCAUCACAGGAAAUGGAGUAUGAAAUGCAAACCGAUGGUGUUGUAUAGGAGGUCGGAGAUGCCUUCACCCACAAUUGAGGUUUUUGUAACUGGUUUUUGCUCUGGCAUGCCAAUCAUCUUGACCAAGACUCUUCACAUAGAUUCAAUUCCAAAACAUGGGACAACUAAAUCGAUGAGCAAGGAGUUAGCUGAGUUUGACCUGCAGGUUCCAAAUGACACUGAUUGCAAAGAAAAUGAUGCCGACAUUGACUAUAACUCUAUGUUCUUUACAACAGAAUAUUUUGAAGUGGAUGAUGGGGAGCUCUCAUGGUUUAAUGCUGGUCUGAGGGUGGGUGUUGGACUUGGCCUUGGUAUAUGCCUCGGCAUUGGAAUUGGCCUUAGUCUGUUUGUACGUACCUAUCAAGUCACUGCCCGAAAUUUCACUAGACGACACACAUGAUCAUGAUCAUGCUUGUUCUACCUUCUCCAUUUGUCUAUAACAAAAAUGAAUUUUUUUUUUCUCGUCUACCUUCUCCAUGGGCCUUUUGUAAUCGAUGAAUUGUUCUCUUCUACCUUCUCAUUCGGUCUCUCAUAGCCGAUGUUUUUAUCUUUGCUAGUCAUCUGUAAAGCUACCUGAUCCUUUUAUCUUGGUCAUUCUACCAUAAAAAUAAAUGCUUGUGGGUUUCUA